AGAGCGACACAGGGUUGAUUGUGGUACGCGUUUCAUACGAAUGAAAUGCAGCCAGCUGCCAGAGAGAAUCGUCUAAUCUAAUAGCAGUCCCGAGUUAUAGCCUAAACACAUCAUCGGAUUUUGUACGGCCGAACCAUCAGACGUGCUGUAGCGGACCAUAUUCGAUGAUAUGUCGCAUUGUCCAUCGCACAUUAAUUCUAAUUUCUUAUUGUCAAAUGUCAAUUGUUGUUAGUCUUAUGUCAAUACAAAUUAAAUUAUUUGAAUCAACUUUGAUUACAUUAACAAAAAUAAAAUUGGAAUCCUGUAAAGUAAUGAGUAUUAAAGAUUACUAAUCUAGCUAUUUUUUAAGAAAAAUGCCAUUUGAUGUGAAUUGGGUUGUUGACAAAUAUAGAGAAGAUCAUGAAAGUGAUCAACACUGGUCAUGGAGAAAAGCAUUCAUGGAGCGAUGGAAAUAUUUUUAUCCUGAGGAUAGACUUGUCUGUUUGGCCCGGGUUUUUACUAAUAUUGGGUUUCUUGGAUGCAAGUACCCAUUGGAGGUCAUGCAAGAGGUUUCGGGUUUAUCCAAAGAGGUCACUCAAAACUAUCAAAGACAACUGCAGAAUGUUCGAAAAACAUUUGAAUCAGAUGAAGUAGUUAAUAUGAGUGUAAAUACAGCAGAGAGAUCUUUAAUGGAUUCUACACAAGAGUUGCACAGCUUACAAGAUGAAAUACCUCAUCUGACCUCACCUAACUGGAUCUGUACUGGCCAAACAGCUGCUCCACCAGGAGCGCUACGCCAAGUGUCUGAAAAGGAGUCUCAAGACCAACAGGAGGCUGCUCCAAAAGCGCCAUACAUAAUGCCUACGCUUGACGUUUCCACCCAGAACAUGGCAAUACCGGCAACGACUUUCAUGGACGUUGAUUGGACAUUGCCUAUCAGGAAGGGAAAUGCCAAGCCAGAUCUUAACAUUGUGUCACCACCUAUGCCAGAACAACUCAAAGCUAACAGCAGGGCCAAGCGUAACCGCGCGCGAGCUGAAGCAAGAAAGGCUAGGAGGAUGACUGCCAAAAACAAUCACCCUACACCCCAAGAGGUAGAACGCAAUUGCGUAGCUGGAGAUAAAGGGAUGUCUACUGGACAGCCUCCAGUCAUACUAUCUGAAGUUGCAGAAAAGUUAAAAAAAGGCCUCGCGGGAAACGUGCUGGCAAAAGCGUUCGCGAGAGGGCUGAAGCUUGUGCUGGGCAAGGGUCCAACCUACCCGACAGCAAGAAGAGAGCUCGCCUAGCUGACACCUUGUUUCCUCGUGAAGAUCUUCAGCGCACGCAAAUGUGUCCUAGAAUUGCCGCUAAGAAAAGCUCAAUCAACUAUGCAGACUUGUGUAAGAACAACGACAUGCUAGUCGCAAUAGUGAAUGAGCCUUUCAGGGACAUAAAAAAAGACCACGUUGAGGCUAUAUUGGUUGCAGUUGAGAAGGCGAUGGAUUCAGUAAUCUGCGCCCCUACCUCAACCACAGCCCCUGCACGUCUACCUAGCUUCCGCGGCAGACCCAACCAUGGAGAGGGAGCCAUCAAGUUUUGGUGCGAGGACGCCUUCACGGUGGAUUGGCUGAAAACAACUGUCACUAGAAUAACCUCGCCGUAUCCAGACACAAGACUGGUAGUACGCCUUCAAGCAGAAAUUCCCAGGAAAGUGAAGGCGGCCAUGCUCAUCCCAAGGUUCUCCAAAAACGAUGACGUAAACCUCUUGCAAGCCAGGUUCGCUAGCCAGAAUCCUUGGUACAAUAUCCGUACUUGGAGCUUCUACCAUGUUCCGGAACCAAAUGAGAACGGGAUAGUCCGCAUCACCCUCGGCAUUCUGGAGCAAGAUAUACCGGAACUCUUGAAGCGAGACCGCCGAGUUUCCUAUAAAUGUGGCUCUGUCUAUGUUACUUUCUCUAACGAGGAAAUUUCUCUAAGGAGGGUGAAAUCGAAACCGAAGUUCAUACUGGCGCCGCAGAAGUAACACAGAAUCUUGUCUGCGCUUCAGACACCGCUCAUCAUCUGUAUAGAAGAAGAGUCUACCCAAGCGCAUGAGAUUUAGGCUACUUCCUUGCAUUAGCCACCAUUACUGACGUGCUCUGUUCUGGAGACCUUCUAAAUGUAUGUCAUCGCAACGUCUGGGCCAGCCUAAAAUCCAAUGGAAGAUGAUUCAGAGACAACUUUUGUUAUUGUGGAAGCACAGUCUAUAGCUCACGAAACCCUAGCAACCAUACAUUUAUCGUUGGUUACACAAGUUGCUGAUUGGCAAGUGUGAGAUGGAACUUUCAUGCUCGAAUCAUAUUGUGGAUAAGGUACAAUUUUCGCAUAUACAUUGUUGCACUGGUGCUUCGAAACAGAACCCGCCAUCAAUUAUAAGUUGGGAGUUUCUUAUCAGUUCUUCACCCCCUGUCAAAGCCCCUUUUCUUACUGAUGUUGCUUCAUGACGUUUACCAAGUAUUGUUGCAAUAUGUUAUGUUAUUGUCACUGCCCAUAGAAUUCCCAUUUAGUAACCAUAGUUAAUAAAUAUUUCUAUUGCAUUAUGUAAAGUGCUACUAACUUUGUUUGAAGCUCUUAACAACAACAGCUAUGAACAAAUGUGUCCACUUACUUAAAGAAAAUACGCUUCCGAGAGCAAAUGCGCGUGGUGAGAACCAGGGCUACAGAGCGUGCGCCACAAAGAAAGUUGUUUAACAGAGCGAAGAAUACCUGAGCACCCGACGCAUGGAUCGCCUUUAAACUACAAGAAUAUAACAAGAAGCGCUUCCUUCAAGAAAUAAUACUUCAGCCGCUUCUACACCGCUAUAGGAUCCACUUAACAAGCUACUAAAGCUAAUGAGAUGUCCGAUGAGCCGGGCAAGAAAGAAAGUUUCCUUAACCUGCACUGGACCUGAACCCUUUUGCGGAGUCGGAGAAUCCCUAAUACGUAGAGUACUGAGGAAUCAGGAAACUCGCGAUGCAGCUCACCGUUGGCUUUCCAGACGUUAGGUAGGCUAAGGUGGUUACAGGAGUCAUUUACCAAUCCUCACAGGUUCCCUCUCUGGACACUGCAAACUUAGGGGUAACUUGGUUAAAUAGGCCUCAGUGAACCCUGACAGAUUUUGGCAAAAGGCCUACGAUGAUCCACGUUCAUUUGGAAUGUGAGGCUAUCGCCAGUAUGAGGCCAGGAAGCCUCAAAACCCUCAAAAAUCCAGGCAGAGGAACUGCAUUACUUGUGCCACCUGAGGAUAUUGCGCCUUUUAAAGGUCAUAUGCCUGGAUGAUGUGGCUUAGAUGCAAUUAAGACCUCGGAUUAUGCAGUGGAAUAAUUACCCUAAACGUCGCUCAACUACCUCAUCAGAACGAGUAUAGUCAUCACUAGGGCGUGCGUCCGAGUACAAGUAGGGGUACAAUAAAUCUACAGAGAUAAGUGCUACUUUCCCCAAUAAUAAUAAUAACCAAGCUGCUAAUGUAAAUAACUCUUUCGCACGAUCUAGAGCGCAAUCUAGAUUGCCUUAAAAAUUUGCUCACUCAGAUUUGUUAACUUUUUCUGUAGACUUAACUUCUGACUAAUUCGAUGAUUGCCAUAUCGUUAACAAAUCGUAGAAUAAAGCAAUGAAAAGUAAGUCAGCGGGUCAAAUAGGUUAGUUAACAACUUACAGUGAAGGUGACACAGACAAGGCAAUCUAGGCAAUGAAUUCAAAACUAAAAUCAUGUCAAAUAGGGGACACAUAGCCAUCAAUUGAGAUGAAUCUUGCUAAUUCCUGCAGAAACUAAUUCACUUAAGAAAAUUUUCAAAAAAAACUUUUUUCCGGAAACAUCCAGAAUCUUUUAACAUUAUAUUAUGGCUGCAAAAUCUACCCAUUUGUAUAAAAACAUAGCUAUGAACAUACCAAAUAGCAAUGAAACGAAUGUCAAUAGUAGUCAAUGAAAGACAGGAAAAGAGAAGCCAAUAAGCCAUGUUACGAAAGUGAAGUAACAUGGCUUGUACAAAAAAUAGACAUAAAUUAUGGCAGAAUGGCUAAAAGACAGAAGUCAUGAGACAAUAUAAAGAAAAUAAAAGUUUCACUUUAACAAGUGCUAUUUUGGACAAGAACAACAAAAGAAAAAAUGUUUUGGAAGAAGCUGGAGGUGGCAUUUAUGUCAGACUAUGAAUUAAAAUUGUAAAUAAAAAAAUUGCGUACCA